AUGGAAUCGGCCUCUGUUUCCGGUAAUGCUCACAAACUUUUUCGACUAAUCCGAGAUACCGGUAACAGAAGCCAUGCGUCAGUGGAGCCAUAUGCGAAAUUAAUGUCGAACGUAUCUACAAUCUACAACGUCGGCUGGGGCACUGGGCGGAGCACAAUUCAGUUGGCCAUCGACAUCAUCACCAUCUCCCGAUUUAGUGCUCCGUGGUCUGUAGAUAUUUCAUCGACCACGGAGCAAGAAGUCUUCCAAGAGCUCAGACUUCUCCAGCGCCACAAAUCACUGGGCCCAGAUGAACUCCCUUCGGUCGUCUUCAAAGGCGGUGGUGCCAGCUUUGUUCGCGAACUAACUUUCCUGUUCCAAACCACCUGGAAUACUGAAUCCAUUCCAUCCGAUUGA